AAUUCCCAGUUUUCCUUUCACCCACCCACACUCUCUCCCUCUCUUUCCAUAUGUAUAUGCAUACAAAUACAUAUAUAUAUAUAUAUAUAUAUAUAAAUCACUCUGCCGGCCCAUUGAUUCUCUCGCUUUUAUCUCCUUCAGUUAUUCAAGGAUGAAUGGUCUAUUAGAGAGUAUAUCGGGGUGUUCUUGCAGACUUGUGAUCAGUUAUUGUUGUUGAUUGAUUGGGUUUGAGUUUAGAAUAUAAACCGAUGGAUCGACGUGAUACUUCAGGCUUCGUAAGCGGUGGUAUGAUGUACUAUACCAUUGUAGACAGUUAGUCUUUGUGGGUUGUAUGUAGCUUAGAAGAAACUAACCUUAGAAGGGUAGCUUAGAUAUAAUACCAUAUUGUAGUUAGUUUUGUGGAUAAAAAGAUUUGAUUGCAUAUAUAAGUUGUAUAUGGAUACCGUGUUGCGGUUGGAUUCACCGGGGUCUUUGAAUAGUUCAGUUUUAAAUUCGAAAGGUGUGAAGCGCAAGUGGAGUUUGAGAGAUGGGUCAGUGGAUCCCGAAGGUGGAUUACCGUUAUCUCUUUGGGUAGGCCAUUCAUCAAGUUCCUCUGACAGCAAGGAAAGUUCAGCCACCGGUUGUACUACUAUGUCUUCUUAUAAAGAAACUGAUUGUGAAGAGUCCACAAUGGAUCUUGAUUUGGAGUUCAGUCUUCAUCUUGGCAGCGACAAAGCGCCUCUCAAAAAGAAAACCUCUGGCAUUCAUAAGUUAUCGUUGCAUAUUGAAGAUCAAGAUGGCCUAGAAUUGAGUCUAUCUUCAACGCCCGCUGAAUCUGAUAUUAGUAACGUUCAACCAAACUAUGUUUUUGAAGAUAUGAAUAAAGGUUCAGUCUCGUCCAGUGUUGUAACUAUACCAACAAGUUCAGUCACAUGCUUUUCUGGGGUUGUGCGGCAACAUAAUAGGAAUAGUAGCACAAAGAUUUGUCAGUUUGAUGGUUGCGAAAAGGGAGCAAGAGGUGCUUCGGGCCGUUGCAUUUCACAUGGUGGUGGGCGGAGAUGUCAGAAACUCGAAUGUCAUAAAGGAGCUGAGGGGCGAACUGCAUUUUGCAAGGCUCAUGGUGGUGGACGAAGAUGCGAGUUUUUAGGAUGUACCAAGAGUGCAGAAGGACAUACUGAUUACUGUAUUGCUCAUGGAGGCGGCAGGAGGUGCAGCCACGAGGCUUGUACUCGUGCUGCCCGAGGGAAAUCUGGGUUGUGCAUACGUCAUGGUGGUGGAAAGAGAUGUCAGAUGGUGAAUUGCACAAAGAGUGCUGAAGGCCUUUCUGGUCUCUGCAUUUCUCAUGGAGGUGGUCGGAGGUGUCAGUUUCCGGCUUGCACGAAAGGGGCUCAAGGGAGCACAAUGUAUUGCAAAGCCCAUGGUGGUGGUAAAAGGUGCACAUUUGAAGGGUGCAACAAAGGUGCUGAAGGAAGUACACCAUAUUGUAAGGGUCACGGUGGUGGGAAAAGAUGUGCCUUUGAAGGCGAUGAGGCUUGUUCGAAAAGUGUCCAUGGUGGAACUCUUUAUUGUGUAGCACAUGGUGGUGGUAAGAGAUGUGUGGUGCCGGAAUGCACGCGGAGUGCAAGGGGGCGUACUGAUUGUUGUGUCCGCCACGGUGGGGGUAAAAGAUGUAAAUCUGAAGGGUGUGGAAAAAGUGCACAAGGUAGCACCGAUUUCUGCAAGGCGCAUGGGGGUGGGAAGAGAUGCUCAUGGGGUCAACCUGGUUCAGAAUAUGGGAGAAGUGAUGAAAUGUGUAACCUUUUUGCUAGGGGAAAGAAUGGAUUAUGUACAUCUCAUGGUGCGCUAGUGCAGGAUAACCGGGUCCAUGGUGGAGCAACCUUGAGAACUCUGGUUCGCGAUACCACCGAGGACAUGAAUAUUGAUACAAAUGUUAUGGUAUCAUCUCAUUUUUCUGGCUGUGGGUGGCAACGUUUAGGUGUCCCGGAAGGAAGUUCAGCUGGACAAGGGCCACCAAUGGUUUCAGAAGGAAGGGUCCACGGUGGAAGUCUACUUGCUUUGCUGGCACGUAAUUCUGCUGACACAUCAGAUCAAGCAAAAGUUAAUAUGAUGCCUCAGAAAUGGAUAUAAGGUGAUAUCCUCUACAAUCCUUCUGUUCUGAAGUUUGCAAGAAACUGUAUUCCACCAUUGUGUAUCAAUAAUGUGAAGUAAGCUAAGUUGUUGGUUAACAUUUGAGGGUUGUUUUUUCAUUUCAUUGUAAAUAGUUUACCCAUGUCACAGUUUGUUCCUUGUAAAUAUGUUCUUAGACAAGAAGAUAUCUCUGGCUUGAUUCA